UGACAACAUGGCUUCUAUGGUGAGACUGAGCUCCCUGUGCAAAGGAGGACGAGUAUUUGCCUUCAACAAAUCCUUCCUAAUUAGACCUACGGUUGCUUUGCCUCAAGAACAUCAUGCACUUCAAGGUUCCCCAGUUCAGUUUCCCCCAAUUCGACAUGCGGGAUCUAAAGCUGCCUCUAUGCACUGGACCAGCGAGCGAGUUCUGAGUGUGGCACUGCUGGGUCUCCUGCCAGCUGCUUAUCUGUACCCUGGGCCUGACUACUCUUUAGCUGCGGCUCUCACUCUUCAUGGCCACUGGGGCCUUGGGCAGGUACUUACCGACUAUGUUCAUGGAGAUACAAAGGUUAAGUUAGCAAAUGCAGGCCUUUAUGCGCUCUCUGCUGUGACCAUUGCAGGCCUUUGCUAUUUCAACCACCAUGACGUGGGCAUCUGCAAGGCGGUGGCUAUGCUGUGGAGUCUGUGACCAUCAGUACCUAAUUAUAUAUCAACGCAUGUGCUUUAAACUCACCUCUAAGAGACAAACACAUUGGACUCAAAUGUUGAUUAUUCACUAUAAAGGUUGCAAG